UCUCUCUCGUUUUCUCUCUUUCCUUCUCCUCUCUCCCUCUCUUUCUCUUUUCCAAUAGCUCUAUAUAUCUCACUUUGUUCUAUCUCUCCCUCUCCCGCUAUAUCUCUCUCACUCUCCAUUUCUCCUUGCUUUCUCUCUCUCCUCACUCUCCCUCCCUCCCUCCCCCUACCUCUUCCCCGGCACUGCAGUGCUGGUUGUGAUUCCACAAAUACGUGCACACACACCACACACACACACGUUCUCACACAGCGGAGCGUAGCUGAGAGGCAGGGACUGCAGCAGUAUGCACCAGCCGCGUCUGAUCUGUGUGGAGACUUGAGGAAGGAGAACUGGGAAGAGGAUAUAAUGUAGCAGUGUCUUACACAACCCAACCCCCGUGUGUACAGUAGCUACAUCUCUACUCUGCAGCAGUGGCAACGGUGCAUUUCAAGAGCGGACAGCUUAUGUUAUCUGCCCCCCUCUGACUGCACUGCCUCUGCAUCCAUCUCCAUUCACUCUGCUCCUCCCAUUCCACCUCUUCAUCCUCCUCUUCCUCCUCCCGACUACGGCAACAUUAGGCAGGACCACGGACCGCACGAGACCGCCAACGCUGACCGCUGGACCCUCAGGUUUGUCCUGUCUGAUGGAGUCGUGCUGGUUAUGCUAGAUCAUUAUCACCUUCAUUAACGACUGGAUUCUAAUCGAGCUCAGGAGACAAGGAGAGAAAAAACAUCCCCCAAAAACGAAAAAGGAGUGUUGGAUGUUUGUGACGCUCUUUGUCGGCGCUGUUGGGUCGUUGGCUCUUAUCCUGUAUUUGCUUGGUUGUUUUUGCUUUCUCUGAGACUGGCUAGCAGGCACUGCAGCACCAGGAAGGACUGCAGGAGCCGUGAAGUAGUAUGGCAUGAGGACCCAGGGGCGAGCGAAUCGGAAGGGCUUGAGCUACCAUUACUGCCACUGCUGCUGCUGAGCUGAGUGAUUGGUGACAGCGUGUAAAGGAAAAGAUGCUUAUGGGUGCGGGACGAGACACGGCGCGGGAUGAGGCCCAGAAGCUUCACAGGAAGUGGCUGAAGCACCAGGCCUUCAUGGCCGAGCUGGCCCGCAACAAAGAAUGGCUGGCCAAGAUAGAGCAGGAGGGCCAGGAGCUGAUCGAUGAGAAGCCUGAGCUGCGUUCGGUGGUGCAGCAGAAGCUGGAGGAGAUCAGGGAGUGCUGGACGGACCUGGAGAGCACCACCAAGGCCAAGGCCCGGGCUCUGUUUGAGAACAACAAGCCAGAGCCGGUGGUGAAGAGCUACUCAGACCUGGACCACCAGCUCUCUGGCCUGGAGAAACAGCCCCCCCAGCUGGAGCAGGCUCAUCACCUACCCACAUUCAACGAGCAGCUGCAUAAAUUUCAGUCUCAGAUGGGGAACUUGUACAAGGACGUUGGGGAACUAGGGUCCCUCCAGGGGGUGUGCCUCCCCCAGCGAGGCAGCCUGGUGAAGGGUGGGGAGGGAGAAGGGGGCGAGCAGCCAGCCGUAGUGGAAACCCGCAUCGUGCGCCUCAUCGAGCCCCUGAAGGAGAGGCGACGCAUCCUGCUGGCCUCCAAAGAGAUGCACCAGGUCGCCCAGGACCUGGAGGAAGAGAUACUGUGGAUCCAGGAGCGGCUUCCUCUGGCCUCCUCUAAGGAUUACGGCAACAACCUGCAGAGUGUUCAGCAGCAUGUCAAGAUCAACCAGACACUGCAGAGGGAUCUGCAGGGGCGCCAAGCACGGGUGGAGGAGGUGUUGGACCGGGCGGGGAUCAUCGCCUCUCUGCGGACCCCUGAGGUUGACUUUGUGCGUGAGGGGGCGGGGCAUGUGCGUCAGGUGUGGGAGGUGCUGAGGCUGGAGGCGGAAAGGAGGUCUGUGAUGCUGGAUGUGGUGCUGCAGGCCCAGCAGUACUACAGCGAGGCAGCCAAGGUGGAGUCCUGGCUGGCAGGCCAGAAACUGCACCUCAUCAAUGAGGAGAAGGGCACGGAUGAGGAGAGCACCCUGCAGCUGCUGAAGGAGCACCUGGCCUUGGAGGCGACACUGGAGAACUACGCUGAGACAGUGGGCAUGCUCUCCCAGCAGUGUCAGCGACAGCUGGAGCUUGGGCACCCAGACAGUGAGGGGAUCACCAAGCAGCAGUCCCACAUAGACCGUCUGUAUGUGUCUCUGAAGGACAUGGUGGAGCACAGGAAGACCAAGCUGGAGCAGCAGUACUGGAUGUACCAGCUCAACAGAGAGGUGGAAGAGUUAGAGAAGUGGAUCACUGAGAGGGAGGCCGUUGCCAGCUCCACUGAGCUGGGUCAAGACCUGGAGCAUGUCACGAUGCUACAGGAAAAAUUCACCAAGUUCUGCUCAGAGACCAACAGCAUAGGCCAGCAGAGGAUGGAGCAGGUGAAUAAGAUGGUGAAUGAGAUGAUAGACUGUGGCCACAGUGACGCGGCCACCAUAGCUGAGUGGAAGGACGGACUGAACGAGUCAUGGGCCGACCUACUGGAGCUCAUGGAGACCCGAAGACAGAUGCUGGCAGCAUCACACCAGCUGCACAAGUUCUUCACCGACUGCAAAGAGGUCUUGGCUCAAACUGCGGGGAAGAUGAGGCAGUUGCCAGAGGUGAGGGCGUGCCAAGCCAGCAUCGCCAACCCUGCCACCCUGCAGAGGCUCAUGCUCUCCUUCGAGCACGCCCUCCAGCUGCUCGUCUCACAGGUGAGGCAGCUGCAGGAAAAUGCGGCCCAGCUGAGGACCAUCUAUGCCGGAGAGAAGGCUGAGGCCAUCAUGAGUAAAGAGCAGGAAGUGAUGUCAGCAUGGAAGGAGUUACUGGUUUCCUGUGAGGCCAGUCGUGUGCAGGUCACCUCGGUGACAGACAAGGUGCAGUUCUUCUCGGUGGUGCGCGAGCAGCUCAUGUGGAUGGAGGGCAUCAUGGGGCAGAUUGGAGGGGACGACCCCAGGGACUCGUCUUCUGCAGAGGUGAUGAUGAAACAGCAUGGUGAGCUAAAAGCCAAGAUGGAUGGCCGUAGGAAGACAAUACAGCAAUGUGUGGAGCUGGGAAAGAUCCUGCUGGCCGCAGGCAACCCAGCCUCCGAGGAGAUAAAGGAGAAGUUGGAUGCGCUCCUGGCUAAGCAGAAGGAUCUCUCUGAGAGAUGGGACAAACAGCAGGAGAAGCUGCAGCGCAAGAAGGAUCAGUUCCAGUAUGCCCAGGAGACGGUGAAGGCGGAGGCCUGGCUGAAGGCCAAGGAGCCCCUUAUUAGCUCCAGCUCCUCCUCUAGGGUGGCUGGGGGGGCUGGAGGAGAUGCCCAGGCCCAGACUGAUGAGGUGGAGCAACUCAUCCUCCGCCACGAGGCCUUCCGCAAUGCUGCAGCCACCUGGAAGGAGCGCUUCAGCUCACUGAGACAGCUCUCCAAUGCAGAGAAGCUGAGAGAAGAACAGAGCAGCAAGCCUUCCCCAAUGCCACUCUCCAGUCGGAGGAUGUUCCCAUCAUCCUGUCUCACUCCGACCGUUCCUCUUGCUACCUCAACUCUGCUGAGACAGACGGUCCAGGUGCAUAUUGAGCCCAGGCCCAAGCAGACCAGUCUGGAGAUGUCUGCCUCUGCCUCCUCUGCAGCCCAAAGGUUGGGUUCUACCAUAGCCAGCUACGCUCCUGUCAUAAAUGGCUCUGGUUACCAUGGACUGGACCAUCAGAGCAGCAGCGGGGGAUUGGAGAGUUCCAACAACCCUGGACUGAACCAUCCGGGCGGUGGAGGAGUGGACAGCAGCUCUAGUUACCUUGGAGGGAACCAUCAGACUGGCUCCCCGCCAGUGGAUAGUUCUGGCUACCUUGGACUGAACCAUCAAAGCAGUGGGGGUAUGGUUAGUCCAGGCUACCUACCUCAAAACCAAAGUAGUGGGGGUAUGUGUGGUCCAGGCUACCUACCUCAAAAUCAAAGCAGUGGGUGUAUGGGUAGUCCAGGCUACCUGCCGCAAAAUCAAAGUAGUGGGGGUAUGGGUAGUCCAGGCUACCUGCCAAAAAAUCUAAGUAGUGGGGGUAUGGGUAGUCCAGGCUACCUGCCACAAAAUCUAAGUAUUGGGGGUAUGGGUAGUCCAGGCUACCUGCCGCAAAAUCAAAGUAGUGGGGGUAUGGGUAGUCCAGGCUACCUGCCUCAAAAUCAAAGUAGUGGAGGUAUGGGUAGUCCAGGCUACCUGCCUCAAAAUCAAAGUAGUGGGGGUAUGGGUAGUUCAGGCUACUUGCCGCAAAAUCAAAGUAGUGGGGGUAUGGGUAGCUCAGGCUACCUUGCACAAAAUCAAAACAGUGUUGGUAUUGGUAGCUCAGGCUACCUUGGGCAAAAUCAAAGUAGUGGCGGUAUGGGAAGUACUGGCUACCUUGCACAUCACCAAGGUAGUGGGAGUAUGGGUAGUUCAGGCUACCUUGCGCAAAGUGUUGGAGGUAUGGGUAGUUCUAGCUAUCUGCCUCAAAGUGGUGGGGUCAUGGACCCCAAAAUGGCAUAUGCGUGGCAGCAUCUGAAAGCUGACUGCAUGCAGCCCAGGAUCAACCACAUGCAAAAAGCUGUCAACCCCCUCCUGGAGGCCAGCAGGGCGCAGAGGGAACAGUUUGGGGACAUCCCCAUGGUGGACAUGAUCGGGCCAGAGUCUGGCCUGGAUCUCCUCCACGGCAGGCUCCAGAGGGACCCCCGCGGCAGCCGCUCAGACCCCCAGAUGGACCACCUGCGGCGGGAGAGGGAGUACAAGCUAGGUCGGCAGACCUCCAGCGAACAGGAGAUUCAGGCGCGGCUCAACGAGCUGCCAAUGAUUGUGCGCCAGGAGCGCUAUAGGCGACGCCUGGAGAGGCAGUCGUCCAGCGAGCAGGAGGGCAGUGGGAAGGCGAGGACACCGAGGCAGGACGACUCCAGCGACAUGGAGUCAGCCAAGGAAGGCUCCGACAAGCGCUCAACAGAGAAGAGAGCCACCACCAUGGCUGAGAUUGUGGAGCAGGCCCAGGAGAGAGAGGCAGCACAAGCUCGAGGGGAGACGUACCGCCCCACCAGCAGCCUCUCAGCACCUGUGACCUACGAGCGCCCGCGCGCCCGAGACCGCCCCAAACCCCGCAGGAGACCCCGUCCCAAAGAGCCUGAGGAGAAGCGACGCUCUCGCUCGGCUCCGGCCCAGAGUCCGGCACAACUUCUGCCGCCCUCACACACUGCCCAUAACGAAGGCUUCCUGUACCGCAAACACGACUUUGAGGGCCACCAGAAGAGUCCCAGCAGUAAGUCCUGGGUGAAUUUGUAUUGCGUGUUGUCAAAGGGAGGGAUCACUUUCUACAAGGACGCCAAGAGCACCACCACACCUUACAAUGAAGAAACCCCACUCGACCUGAGCGUCUGUAUAUGUGAUAGCACCAUAGGAUACAAGAAGAAGAAAAAUGUCUUCGUUAUCAAGAAAAAUGAUGGCAAUGACUAUAUUUUCCAUGCAAAGGAUGAGGAGGACCUGAAGGCUUGGGUCACUAACAUCACCACCAGUAUAACUGAACACGAGGAGAUUGCCAAGUGGGACAAGCCCACCACCUCGUCCACAGAUCCCGACCGCUCGGAGAGGAAGGAGAAGUCUGAGGGCGACGCAGAUGCCAGGUCAGAGAGGUCUGAGAUGGGAGGAGAGGUGGAGGAGGAGGAGAGGUCAGAGAAAGAGAGGUCUGAGAAGGGAGAGGGGUCCAAGAAGACGGGAGAAGGCUCAGAGAAAGCAGACACGUCGGAAACGGGUGAGAGGGCAGAGGGAGGGGCAGGGGGCUCUAGCACGUCAGGGAAGAGCAAAUGAUCCCCGCUGAGUGGAGGAGUGGACUGGCAUUCAACCAUCUAAAGCCCCCCCCCCCCUCCUAACUUUACCCUACGACACCAGACAGUGCUGAACAAGAGAGACGGGGGGAGAUGUGUACAUUUCUGUGCAUAUUUUCUCUCUUUUUCUCUCUCUCUAUCUCUCUGUCUCUCUCUGUGACAUCCUGAGGCUUGGGUCCUAAUGUUAACUGUGACUGACUGAUCUUUCAGCCCCCCCCCCAGGCAAAAUACAUCAAUACUUGCAUUGCAUUGUGGCCCUUGCUGGUAGGUUGGAGGAUAGGGGAGAUUAACCAGCGCCACUGUGUGGUCACAGGCAUUUGUCACAGUCACGACUCAUUGAUCAUUUAUUUCUUGGAUUCACAGCAUCUCUCAGUAUAUAUAUAAUAUACCUAUGACUGACUAUGUAAUGCUCUGUCUAAAACAACCCAAGCAGUGGUGAAUGAAAUGUCUCACAAUAUUUUGAAAAAGCUUUUUUCUGAAGCAAUAUACUUUUUUAUUUAUUCUCUUUGUUUGAGAGAGUGAAAGGAGACAAGAAACAGUUGCUUAUUAAUUCUAUGAUUGUUCACAUUCAUCAUCAGCUUAUUUCUGUCAGGUCAGCAGCACCUUAAACACUUCCAACACGUCUGUGUAUACUCAGCAUAUUGACAUUUCAAACCCAUCUCAUUGCUAUCUCUGAGUCUUGUUGUCAUGAUGGAAUGCUGGUAUUACCUACUUGUGUUAAUAAUUGAAUUGAUCAACACAUGAUUCUCUUCUGAACUUUCGGAUUAAUCAUGUACAGGCCCAUGCCAUACCAGGAAUAAAGGUGAAAUAGGGUUGCCAACUGAUUAAAACUCAAUCACAUUCAAGAGUCUAUUCAAGGAGGCAAUGCCCAACAUAACCUCCUUGUGGUGCCAGACCUGUGUCAUGGCAGGACAGAAUAGUGCACCUUCUAUUUCAAUGCCUUCAUGUUCUUCGUGGUCUUGAGAAGUUCACCAAUUUUUAAAUUAAUUUGGCAGUACAAUAAUUCCAUCUGAAGGGAAGGUCUGUGUAAAAUGCUAAUAUCAUGGUAGAUCUUAAACUAUCCCCACAUAAAGUAUGGUGAAUCAUUAGAACCUCAUUGCUGUUUUUAUUAUAUUAUUAGAAUAUAUUUGACAGGGACUGUAAUGGUUUCACUUGUGAAAAUACAGUAGUAACAUCAACAUUACGUGAACCACAGAAUAUACAGUUGAAGUCAGAAGUUUACAUACACUUAGUUUGGAGUCCUUAAAACUUGUUUUUCAAACAUUCCACAAAUUUCUUGUUAACAAACUAUAGUUUUGGCAAGUCGGUUAGGACAUCUACUUUGUGCAUGACACAAGUAAAUUUUACAACAAUUGUUUACAGACAGAUUAUUUAACUUAUAAUUCACUGUAUCACAAUUCCAGUGAGUCAGAUGUUUACAUACACUAAGUUGACUGUGCCUUUAAAUAGCUUGGAAAAUAACAGAAAAUGAUAUCAUAGCCUUAGAAGCGUUUGAUAGGCUAAUUGACAUAAUUUGAGUCAAUUGGAGGUGUACCUGUGGAUGUAUUUCAAGGCCUACCUUCAAACUCAGUGCCUCUUUGCUUGACAUCAUGGGAAAAUCAAAAGAAAUCAGCCAAGACCUCAGAAAAAAUAUUGUAGACGUCCACAAGUCUGGUUCAUCCUUGGGAGCAAUUUCCAAACGCCUGAAGGUACCAUGUUCAUCUGUACAAACAAUAAUACGCAAGUAUAAACACCAUGGGACCACGCAGCCGUCAUACCGCUCAGGAAGGAGACGCGUUCUGUCUCCUAGAGAUGAACGUACUUUGGUGUGAAAAGUGCAAAUCAAUCCCAGAACAACAGCAAAGGACCCUGUGAAUAUGCUGGAGGAAACAGGUACAAAAGUAUCUCUAUCCACAGUAAAAUGGGUCCUAUAUCGACAUAACCCGUAAGGCCGCUCAGCAAGGAAGAAGCCACUGCUCCAAAACUGCCAUAAAAAAGCCAGACUAUGGUUUGCAACUGCACAUGGGGACAAAGAUUGUAAUUUUUGGAGAAAUGUCCUCUGGUCUGAUGAAACAAAAAUAGAGUUGUUUGGCUAUAAUGACCAUAGUUAUUGUUUGGAGGAAAAAGGGGGAGCCUUGCAAGCUGAAGAACACCCUCCCAACCAUGAAGCACGAGGGUGGCAGAAUCAUGUUGUGGGGGUGCUUUGCUGCAGGAGGGACUGGUGCACUUCACAAACUAGAUGGCAUCAUGAGGAAUGAAAAUGAUGUGGAUAUUUUGAAGCAACAUCUCAAGACAUCAGUCAGGAAGUUAAAUCUUGGUCACAAAUGGGUCUUCCAAAUGGACAAUGACUCCAAGCAUACUUCCAAAGUUGUGGCAAAAUGGCUCAAGGACAACAAAGUCAAGGUAUUGGAGUGGCGAUCAUAAAGCCCUGACCUCAAUCCCAUAGAAAAUUUGUGGGCAGAACUGAAAAAGCGUGUGCGAGCAAGGAGGCCUACAAACCUGACUCAGUUACACCAGCUCUGUCAGGAGGAAUGGGCCAAAAUUCACCUAACAUAUUGUGGGAAGCUUGUGGAAGACUACCCAAAACGUUUGACCCAAGUUAAACAAUUUAAAGGCAAUGCUACCAAAUACUAAUUGAGUGCAUGUAAACCUCUGACCCACCGGGAAUGUGAUGAAAGAAAUAUAAACUGAAAUAAAUCAUUCUCUCUACUAUUAUUCUGACAUUUCACAUUCGUAAAAUAAAGUGGUGAAUCUAACUGACCUAAGACAGGGAAUUUUUACUAGGAUUAAAUGUCAGGAAUUGUGAAAAACUGAGUUUAAAUGUAUUUGGCUAAGGUGUAUGUAAACUUCCGACUUCAACUGUAUCAUAAACUACUUCUCCCUCCCUGUUUUCUGUCUUUCUGAGAUUAAACCAAUAGACAAUGAUUGUCAGUCAGAGGAGGAUUUAUGUACAAUUGUCAUCAUCUAGUCAUUAAAUUGUAGAUAUCUUUACGUACAGUACACCAAUAAAUCCUAUGCUCUAAUAAACAGAGUUCUAUGGAAUGAAGUGGGUUAAGAUUAAAACAUUUACAUUAAUCUACACAAAUGAAAUGGGGAAACAACAUCAGUCAAUUAUGAUAUUGCUGUUUAUUUCAUUUAAAUGAAAAAUAUGCAAAUUUGGAGUCACUAAGAAAGGAUAGUGUACAUACACCAAUAUCUAGUUAGAUUUAACAUUUUACAAGGGAAACAUGUGCUGGACCUAGGUACAUUUGUUGUGUAUUUAUAAAUGUCUAUUUCAUUUAAUUGAUCAUACGGGUUUGCUACAGACAGUUUUUUCUAUUAGUAGUUAGAUCCUGUCAGGCAAGUGAAUUAUUAUAAGAACAGUCCUGUUGAGAAUGAUAGGCCUUUGCUACAUUUACUGGAACUGGUUAACUGGCUUGGAUGAUAACAAAGAACUUGCUAACCUGAAUGCUAGUUUAUUUAGCAACUCUGGAGCUGAUCAGACUGGUAUCCAGGCUACACACGUUUUAGCUGUGACUCUUGAGCUAUGACUUCAAAGCUAAAUACAACCAUACAUCCACAAAAUGUUUUGCUUGCUUCAGUCAUAUUGGAUGAUUAAUUAUAAACAUAUAUUGAUAAGAAAUUUAAUGAACACAAAUAAAAUGUUGGUUUAGUUAGUACUGUACACCUACAAUAUGAAACCUCAGGGUAGCCUAGUGGUUAGAGUGUUGGACUAGUAACCGAAAGGUUCUAAUCCCUGAGCUGACAAGGUACAAUCUGUCGUUCUGCCCUUGAACAGGUAGUUAACCCACUGUUAACUGCCUAGGCCGUCAUUGAAAAUAAGAAUUUGUUCUUAACUGACUUGUCUAGUUAAAUAAAGGUAAACUUUUUUUUAUUUUUUUAUUUUUUAAAUAGCCAGCAUAGUAUGAUUGAAAUUUGGUCAACUCUAUUUCAAAUGGGCUACUUUUGAAUUAUGUUUACAGAUAUGUUUUAUCUGAUUCCUAAAUGCCCCAUACCAUGGACCUUCCAAAUCAAACAUCAUUGCUUAAAGUGGUCUGUGUGUGUUAUUAGUCAUAACCAAAUCUCUAAAAAAUAUAAAUAAAAAACCUUGUCAAGCCUUAUUCCCAAAACCAGUAGUUAGAAAAUGAAUUGAUUUCACAAUAUACUCAAUACAGACUGUUCCAUUUGACUCAGGAUGCAAAUACUGGCACUCAUUGGUAUUAAAGUGUUAUGACACAAGCAACAGUCUAACUGCAGCUUGUUGAUUGGACGCAGUUAACUUAUUGGUAAGACUUGAAUAUAUCAUGAUAUACUGUAUGUGUUAUGUCAUCUGUUACAAUGUCGACUAGAAACUGUUGAGAAACUGUCAAUUACAGUAUAACAACAAACUGUCUAUUGUAGGUGGUUAUUGUAGGUACCACCAUGCCAUUUUGGAUUACAGGCUUUAAAAACAAAUGGUACCUAAAAUGAUAAUUUAUUAGUAGGCUUAUUACCAAUUGUUUUCAUUGUAACUAUUUCCUCCGGAAUUGAGGCUUUCAUUGCAAUACAUAUUUAUUAGUUAAACACUAGUAGCUGUUUCUCUUAUUUUCCACUGUGGAAAGAGAGAGGCUCUCCUAAUUCUAUUCAUUCUAAUUCUAUGGUUCCGCCAUCUACAUUCUUAUCAGAGAAAUCCCAGCAUCACUUGAUUAAACAAACAGGUUAAUACUAGAAUACUUACUAAACACACAUAAAUAUUACAAUAUCUACUAAACACAGAAAUACUAUAAGGCCUACUAAACACACAGAAACAAGGUAACGUAAAGCUCUUGACCUCAUGGCUAGUGUUUUUAUGAUUUUGUGUUUUUCUUGUCUCCGAUACUGUGUUAGUGUACCUUAAUGAUACCUAUACCUUGCUGCUAUGACAUUUUCUCUAUGUAAACCUCCUUACUUGCUGAUGCAAAAUUUACGUGAACAUUGGUGUAUGCUUGACACAAAGGUGUUAAGCCAAGAGUUUUUGAAAAAGUAAUCAUCAACCAUCCUCCACAGAUCAGUAGAUACAUAAUGCAUUCUAUAUAGUAGUGGGAGAGAUUCCUGAUGUUGCAGCCGCUCACAGUGUUUAAAAAUCAAAGUAAAUUUGCUUGAUGAGUAGAGAAAGUUAACAGAUUCCUGUGUUAGAGAUUUCACUCUGAAGUAGAAUAAUAGAAAAAAAAGUUUAUUUAAUUUGGCAAAUUAGUAAACACUGCCAGAGUGUACUGUUCUUGAGACAGGCGUACGCAAAGGUCAAUUCUCUUGAUUUUGAGGGGGUAAACAUACUGUCAUUAUAACACCUCAUGACGUAAUCACCAAUUAGCAUUGGCAAACAUUUAUUAGAAGUCAUGGACUUAAUCCAUAUGACCAGCUAUGUACUUAAUGCUCCAAUCUCCACUUCUUAAUGCCUUUGUGCAUUUAACACAUGGAGCAAAAUGUCAAGUGUCAUGACUGGUAAUGUCAAGUGUCAUGAUGACACACUUAUGUAGGCAUAAUGACACAGUUAUGUAUACGCCUUCAACUAAAGUAUUCCCUGUAUUUAACCAAGUCAUUUGUUACAUUUUUUGUAAGAAGAAGAAAAACUGUCAGUGUCAUAAAGCCACCUGGGGUUAGUAACUGAACCACAUAGCUCUGACAACCUAAGUGAAUAAAUCAGUCAUAGAUGUCAAAUGAAGGGCUGGUCUUUUAAAAAACAACUGUGUUUUCUGUUUUGAGGUAAUAACGCUUCAGAUCAGUAAGCUUGAAAUCUUUGCUUAUGUACAGUAUGUUGGUACACAAUAAAACAUUUUUAUGCUGUAUUCUGUAGCCCUCUUAUAGCAGAUCAGUGAAAGGCUGAAACACAUCAGAGCUACUCGCAGUUUUCAAGAGAGACGCAAGUCGAAACAUUAAUAAUUGAUGAUGUGCACAGUGUAAAACGCUAGUGACGACGCAGGGUCUGUAAGAAAUAUACAUGUAUACAGUAUUGCACAAAGUCUGCACAACUCAAUGUAUGUCUUUUAAGAAUGUACAUUUUAAUUCUGAUUUGUUUAUUAAUAGACUGGAGCAACAUCUGCCAAUAUCUGUCUGUUGAAAUAUGAAAUAUGGUAUUGUCUCAUAAACUCUGUUCAUCCCUUAA